AUGUCUCAAAAUCAACGAGAGGCUUGGGAGCGCCUGCAAGUUAUGCUGUCGAAGCGUAAGGCCGGCUUCGGCGGCGGCUUCCCAUCCGGUGGUGGCCGAGGAGGCAUGGGACUUGUCGGAACUCUCGUUCUCGCCGGUAUUGGCACCUACGUCGCGUCAAAUGCUCUGUUCAAUGUUGACGGUGGUCACCGUGCCAUCAAGUACUCGCGCUUAGGUGGUGUCCAGAAGGAAAUCUACAACGAAGGGACUCACUUCCAAAUUCCUUGGUUUGAAACGCCAAUCAUCUACGAUGUCCGUGCCAAACCUCGCAACAUUCCUUCUCUCACAGGUACUAAGGACCUGCAAAUGGUGAACAUCACCUGCCGUGUCCUAUCUAGACCCCGUGUGGAUGCUCUGCCCCAGAUUUACCGAACUCUGGGCCAAGAUUUCGAUGAGCGGGUUCUGCCUUCCAUCGUCAACGAAGUGCUGAAGAGCGUUGUUGCUCAGUUCAACGCCAGCCAGUUGAUCACACAGCGUGAGAACGUGGCCCGUCUGGUGCGGGACAACCUGGCUCGCCGAGCUGCCCGUUUCAACAUUGCUCUGGACGAUGUCUCCUUGACACAUUUGACCUUCUCCCCCGAAUUCACAGCCGCGGUUGAGGCCAAGCAGGUCGCACAGCAAGAUGCUCAGCGUGCUGCAUUCAUGGUCGACAAGGCCCGCCAAGAGAAGCAGGCAUUCAUUGUCCGUGCACAGGGUGAGGCCCGCUCCGCCGAGCUUAUUGGUGACGCCAUCAAGAAGAGCAAGAGUUACAUCGAGCUCCGGAAGAUUGAAAAUGCCCGUCACAUUGCUCAGAUCCUGCACGAGAGCGGUGGCAAGAACAAGCUCUACCUGGAUAGCCAAGGAUUGGGCCUGAAUACCAUGCCCGAAGUCACCGACGAUACCCCAGUGCACCUCACCGAGGUCGACGUCGACCUUGACGUGCAAGAGAUUCUCCUGGCUGCAUCGCAGCACGACCAGUCUAAGCUCCGUCGCCUCCUUCGCACCCAGUCUAUGCUGCCUGACGCCGCAAAUGUCAAAGAUACCGAGUCCGGAUUCUCACCUCUGCACGCUGCAAUCGCCGCCUGCGAGCCCGAUACGGAGACUGUUGACACCAAUGGCGCGUCCACCUCAGACUCGAACACCAAUGGUCUGGACGCUGAGACCGUGAAAUCGGCAGUGGAGACAGUCAAGUUCCUCCUGCAGGAGGGCGCUAUCUGGAACGAUCUGGACGCGAACAACGAGACACCUGGCUGUAUCGCGCGCCGAAUCGGCGCUCUCGAGCUGUACGAGUUGAUCGUCGACGCAGGUGUCCGCGCAGAGUUGCUACUGAACCGCCUCGACGCGUACGAAGAGCUCGCCGAUCACGAUGGCGACGAGGAGGAGGAAGGUGAGGCUGAGGCCGAGGCCGAGACAGCACCGGAACUCGUCGAUGCAUCCGCCCAGCCCACAACCACAACCACCCCUGCCAAUCCCGAAGUGUCCAACUCGCAGUAUCUGGAGUCGCGCCUGAACAUCCAGAACGACCGGAUCCUAGACGCAGACCAGAACGGGGUGAUGAUGCGCUGGGAAAGCGACAUCAUGCGCAAGUCCGCGACCGCACUGCUCCCGACACCCGGACUGAAAGUUCUGAACAUCGGCCACGGGAUGGGCAUUGUGGACGAAUUCUUCCAGGAGCAAGGGCCGGCGGUGCACCACAUUGUCGAAGCGCACGAGGAGGUCGUUGCAGAGAUGAAGCGACGCGGGUGGGAUACUAAGCCCGGUGUUGUCAUCCACCAGGGUCGCUGGCAGGAUAUUCUUCCUGGCCUUGUGGCGGCGGGGGAGACGUUCGAUGCUAUUUACUACGAUACCUUUGCGGAGUCAUAUGGUGAUUUCCGGGACUUCUUCUCUGAGCAGGUUAUUGGGCUGUUGGAGCAGGAGGGGCGUUGGGGAUUCUUUAACGGCAUGGGUGCUGAUCGCCAGAUCUCAUAUGAUGUCUACCAGAAGGUGGCGGAGAUGGAUCUCUUCGAGGCUGGGUUUGAUGUCCAGUGGGAAGAGAUUGCUGUGCCCAAGUUGGAAGGUGAAUGGGAGGGUGUGCGCCGGGCUUACUGGGUUGUCGAUGAUUAUAGAUUGCCCCUGUGCAAGUUCAUGGAUUAA